ACAUUUUGGUACAAUUAAUAAAAAAAGUGACCUGCCCUCAAUUCGGAUGUGUGUCAUGUCUAAGCAGGUCCCAAGAAAAUGCUGCAGAGGCUGAAACUGUAUGCGGCUACUUAUUUCGGCAGCAGCUUCCCAGCCAGAGCCACAACAGCCAUUACCAAUCAAUCAGUCAAGCGAAAUGGAGACAAUGGCUGCCGCUCCACCAACAGCAGGACCUUCGAAUGGCGGCGGCGGCGGCGGCAUGGCAAUGGCAAUGGCCGUCACCAUGGGCGUCAUCAAUCAAUACGAGGAGAAUGUCGAGCAUUUGCGGCAGUUGUUCAGCCGAAACAAAUUGGUGUCCUUUAGCAUUGACCACAUCGCGUGCAGUGCGGGCAGCAGCAGCGGCGACAACUACAUGUCCGUGGUGAAGCGGGUGACCAUAAGCCAGGAUCAGGAGCAGGAGCAGCAGCAGCAGCAGCCAGCAACCAGGGAAGCGGUUACGGUUAUUGUGAAGCGUCAGAUUGCGAGUCUGUCACGCCGGCAGCUAUACCGCUGCGAGGAGGCCUUCAGCAAUGAGAUAAACGCCUACCGGCAUCUGGUGCCGCUGCUCCGUCGCUACAGCCAGCAGUCACUGUUCCCGCUGUGCCACAUCGCCGAGAGCCACGACCAGAGCGAGACCGGGGAGCCCAUCAUUGUGCUGCAGGAUCUGAAGGCUCUGGGCUACCGGAUGAGGAAUCGACUGGAAGGGCUGGAGCUGGGGCACUGCCUGCUGGUGAUGAAGAAACUGGCACAAAUGCAUGCCGCCUCCCUGGCUGCCCAGCAGCUUGAGUCUGCCUUGUUCGCCGCUCAGGUCGAGCACAUGAGUGAGAUUGUCUACUGUGAGGAAGCGGCCGAGUUCUAUUCCACCAUACUGGACACCUCUGUGCAGCAGGCCUUGGACAGUCUCAGCUCCUCGAAUGCAGAUGGAAGUCUGACCACACCCAUCUGCCUCAUUGAGGAACUCCGACCGACGCUCUUCGAGCAUCUGCAGCGGAAUAUAAACGCGGCAGCAGAGGCGCCAUUCAGUGUUAUCUGCCAUGGGGAUCUGUGGGUGAACAACAUCAUGUUCCGCUCCCAGCCCGAGGAAGUCAUCUUCUUCGACCUGCAGGCCAUGCGCCGCACUUCGCCCGUCUUCGAUAUACUCCACUUCAUCUAUACGAGUACGCGUAGGCGUCUGAGGGAUGACCAUACGGACACUCUGCUGGCUGCCUAUGCGGAGGCCCUGGCCCACGAACUGAAUCAACAGCUCAAGCACACGCCGGCGGCAAAGCAACUGGAUGUGCUAUGCGACACGUUCUCGUUGCAGCGACUCACCUCAGAGUACGUGCUGCAGGUGCACUACGGCCUGGCCAUCGGCAUGUGGAUACUGCCAGCGGUCACCUUUGAUCCGAACAACCUACCCAAUCUGGAUGUGAUGAGCGAGCAGAACCUAACCGGCAAGGAGAUUAAAUGCACUCAAACGCUUACGUCGGAGUACCAUUUGCGGAUCAAGGAGCUCGCGAUGGAGUUCUACGAGCGUGGCUAUCUACAGAGUCAGAGGACAGCAAUGUAAGAGUAUUCUUAGUGAUGUAUUCUUAGGAUUAAUGUAUCUUAUAGUGUAGUUGUAGUGUGAGCAAUAAAGGGCCACCAAGUGGUAAUGUAAUCUGUUGUAGGUUCCUUUAUUACCAAAUA